GAGAAAGAGUAGAGGGAGGGAGAGAGAGGGCUGAUAGCCAAGGACAGGACACAAGAGGAGGGGUAUAGCAGUGCUAGUGUGUUUUCUCAGGGUCUUGUCAGCACAGCAUUGUGUGCGUCACAGAGAGGUGACAGCAGGCAAUACCUGCUGGUCCCAACCUAACUGCUGCUGUUGCUGCUACUGGAGGGAAACCACAAGUAGAAAAGGGGGUAGGAAGCUACAGCCAUGACAAGCCAGCAGGACUCGGGCUUCUUUGAAAUCAGCAUCAAGUCUUUGCUGAAGUCAUGGAGUGGAACCUCGCCCGUGGGGAACGGAUAUAGUAAACCUCCCAUCCCUCCAGUCUGCUGUCCUCAGGGAGAGAAGGGUCCUCCUGCCAUGAUGCCCAUCACCAUUGACCCAGAGAGCAAGCCAGGCGAGUACGUCCUCAAGAGCCUGUUUGCCAACUUCACCACCAUGUCUGAGCGCAAGAUCCGAAUAAUCAUGGCUGAACCGCUGGAAAAGCCAUUAACAAAGUCACUACAGCGGGGAGAAGAUCCUCAGUUUGACCAAUUGAUAAGCUCCAUGAGCUCUUUGGCUGAAUACAGUCUCCCUUCCAUCCUCCGCACUUUGUUUGACUGGUACAAACGACAAAAUGGAUUAGAGGAGGAGUUGCACGAGUACCGCCCAAGAGCCAACACCAAGGCCAAAAAUGAUGAGCAACAGAGAGAUUAUCUACUUGAAAGGCGGGAUUUGGCCAUUGAUUUCAUCUUCUCUCUUGUACUUAUAGAAGUUUUGAAACAGAUGCCGCUCUACCCGACCCUUGACAGUUUGGUGAAUGAAGUCAUUAACUUAGCCUUUAAGCACUUUAGAUACAAAGAGGGGUAUCAUGGUCCGAACACUGGCAACAUGCACACUGUAGCAGACCUCUAUGCUGAAGUCAUAGGAGUAUUAGCCCAGUCCAAGUUUCCUGCUGUGAAGAAGAAGUUUAUGACUGAGCUAAAGGAGCUGCGGCAAAAAGAGCAGAAUCCAUAUGUGGUCCAGAGUACCAUUAGCCUCAUCAUGGGGGUCAAGUUCUUCCGAAUUAAGAUGUAUCCCGUUGAGGAUUUUGAAGCCUCUUUUCAGUUUAUGCAGGAGUGUGCCCAGUAUUUCCUGGAAGUCAAAGACAAGGACAUUAAGCAUGCUUUAGCUGGCCUCUUUGUUGAGAUUCUGGUUCCCGUGGCAGCAGCUGUGAAGAACGAGGUGAACGUACCAUGCCUGAGGAAUUUUGUGGACAGCUUGUACGACACAAGCCUGGACUUGUCCUCCAGGAAGAAGCACUCACUGGCAUUUUACCCUUUGGUGACGUGCCUGCUGUGUGUCAGCCAGAAACAGUUCUUCCUUAACAGAUGGCACAUCUUCCUUAACAACUGCCUCUCAAAUCUGAAGAGUAGAGACCCAAAAAUGGCUCGUGUUGCACUGGAGUCCCUCUAUAGACUGUUGUGGGUUUACAUGAUCAGAAUCAAGUGUGAGAGCAACACUGCGACACAAGGUCGACUCAACACCAUUGUAACAACACUUUUCCCCAAAGGAUCCCGCAGUGUGGUACCAAGAGACAUGCCUCUCAAUAUCUUUGUGAAAAUCAUCCAGUUUAUCGCCCAGGAAAGACUGGAUUAUGCCAUGAAAGAAAUUAUCUUUGACCUUCUGUGUGUUGGGAAACCUGCAAAAGCCUUUAGUCUUAAUCCUGAGAGAAUGAAUAUUGGUCUGAGAGCAUUCCUGGUUGUAGCCGAUAAACUGCAGCAGAAGGACGGUGAGCCUCCCAUGCCUAACACUGGUUGCACUUUGCCCUCUGGGAACACACUCCGAGUAAAGAAGACAUAUUUGAGCAAGACACUAACAGAUGAAGAGGCCAAAGUCAUUGGUAUGUCUCAGUAUUAUUUUCACGUCCGAAAGGCUAUUGACAACAUUCUCAGACACCUGGACAAGGAGGUGGGCCGAUGCAUGAUGAUGACCAAUGCUCAGAUGUUGAACAAAGAGCCUGAGGACAUGAUCACAGGUGAAAGAAAACCUAAGAUCGACUUGUUCAGGACAUGUGUCGCUGCCAUUCCUCGCAUCCUGCCUGAUGGGAUGUCUAAGCCAGAACUCAUAGACCUCCUGUCUCGACUGACAAUCCACAUGGAUGAUGAGCUUCGACUCAUAGCACAGAAUUCCUUGCAAAGUCUGCUGCUGGAUUUCUCCGACUGGCGUGAUGACGUCCUGUUUGGAUUUACCAACUUCCUGUUGCGUGAGGUCCAAGACACCCACCAGGGACUGUUAGAUACAUCCCUUAAAUUACUGCUGCAGCUCCUCACUCAGUGGAAACUCACCCUGGCUGCACCAGGAAAGACAUCUGACACCUCUAAAAUGCACACUGCUGAGCUGCUGCAGACCAGCUCAAGUCUCAAGACGCCUUCAGAACGAGGUCCACACUCCACUGUGCUGCAUGCUGUGGAGGGACUAGCAGUCGUCCUGCUCUGCUCCUGCCAGCUGAGCACCCGCAGACUCGCCAUUGCUAUCCUAAAAGAGAUACGCAGUCUGUUCGUGACUAUCGGACAGUGUGAGGAUGAUGAUAAACCAAUGAUAGAGAUCAUGGAUCAGCUCAGCCCCGGUAUAUUGGAUAGCUUUGUCAACGCUGCAGUCUCUGACACAGUCACCCUGCCAGCUGGUCACCACGUGGACCUGCAGUGGCUCGUGGAGUGGAAUGCAUUGCUUGUCAACAGUCAUUAUGAUAUUAGGAGCCCCUCACAUGUGUGGAUCUUUGCUCAGUCUGUCAAGGACCCCUGGGUGCUGUACAUAUACAGCCUCCUCCGACAGGACAACCUUCCAAAGCACUGCCCCACAGCUCUCAGCUAUGCCUGGCCUUAUGCCUUCACUCGGAUGCAGAUGCUCAUGCCCCUGGUAGACCCAAAUAAUCCAGUGUACGCAAAGAAGACCAGUACCUCUGGCAGUGGGGAUAACUAUAUAACCCUAUGGAGAAACUACCUGAUCCUUUGCUUUGGAGUGGCCAAGCCCAGUAUCAUGAGCCCCAGCCAUCUGAGAGCAUCGACACCUGAGAUCACAGCUCCUACACCUGACAGCAGUGUCAACCUCGAUAACAAGGUUAUCGGGAGCCCAUCUGUGGCUUGGCUUCUGAAGCAGUUGGUUCCACUGAUGAGGGCAGAGAGCAUCGAGUUGACAGAGUCAUUAGUUCUGGGCUUUGGUCGCACCAAUUUUCUUGUGUUCAGAGAGCUUGUGGAGGAGCUGCAUCCCCUUAUGAAAGAGGCAUUAGAGAGAAGACCUGAGAACAAGAAGCGGCGUGAACGACGAGACCUGCUGAGGCUUCAGCUGCUGAGGAUAUUUGAGCUCCUGGCUGAUGCUGGUGUCAUCAGUGAUAGUACAAAUGGAGCAUUGGAACGUGACACACUUGCCCUGGGGGCUCUCUUCCUGGAAUAUGUGGAUCUGACCCGGAUGCUUCUGGAAGCUGAGAAUGAUAAAGAUUCAGAGAUCCUUAAGGACAUCCGAGCUCACUUCAGUGCCAUGGUGGCCAACCUCAUCCAAUGCGUACCAGUGCACCACAGACGCUUCCUGUUUCCACAGCAGAGCCUGCGGCAUCACCUCUUCAUCCUCUUCAGCCAGUGGGCUGGGCCUUUCAGCAUCAUGUUCACUCCUCUGGAUCGCUACAGCGACAGAAAUCAUCAGAUCACAAGAUAUCAGUAUUGUGCCCUAAAGGCUAUGUCUGCUGUGCUGUGCUGUGGGCCUGUGUUUGAUAACGUUGGCCUCUCUCCAGACGGAUACCUCUACAAGUGGCUGGAUAAUAUACUAGCCUGCCAGGAUCAGCGGGUCCAUCAGCUUGGCUGUGAAGUUGUCAUCUUGUUGCUGGAACUCAAUGUUGACCAGGUCAACCUAUUCAACUGGGCUGUGGAUCGUUGCUACACAGGCUCAAAGCAGGUCGCCUCGGGGUGCUUCAAAGCCAUCGCUACAGUCUGUGGCAGCAGCAAAACCUACCCAAGUGACAUAGUAACACUGCUAAAUCUGGUGCUCUUCAAGGCGUCAGACACCAACAGAGAAAUCUAUGAGAUUUCAAUGCAGCUAAUGCAGAUUCUUGAAGCUAAGUUGUUUGCAUACUCUAAGAAGAUUGCAGAGCAGAAGCCAAACAGUAUCCUCUAUGGCACACAUGGUCCACUGCCACCUUUGUACAGUGUUUCCCUACCUCAGCUCUCCAGCCAGCUGGCAAAGAUGUACCCUGAGCUCACACUUUCUCUAUUCUCAGAGGUUAGCCAGAGGUUCCCCACCACUCAUACCAAUGGGAGGCAGAUCAUGCUAACCUACCUCCUGCCCUGGCUUGGUAACAUAGAGCUGGUUGAUAGCGGCCUGCUGCUCCCAAUGUUCUCACCAUGCUCCUCAAGUUACAACUCUUCUAGCCAAUUAACCAGCGCAGGUUCAUCGCACCCACUAAAAGGCACUGGCUGGGGCUCCCUACAAGCUACAUCUAUGGUUCUCAAUAAUCUCAUGUUUAUGACCGCCAAGUAUGGUGAUGAUCUACCUGGACCAGAAAUGGAAAAUGCCUGGAAUGCUUUAGUCAGCAAUGACAAAUGGAGCAACAAUCUGAGAACCACACUGCAGUUUCUCAUCAGCUUGUGUGGUGUCAGCAGUGACACUGCCCUUCUCCCAUAUAUCAAGAAGGUGGUGAUCUAUCUGUGCCGAAACAACACAAUCCAAACCAUGGAGGAACUGAUAUUUGAGUUACAGCAGACUGAUCCUGUGAAUCCUGUGGUGCAACACUGUGAUAGCCCUCCUUUUUAUCGAUUUACAGCCACAAGCAAGGCUUCUGCAGCUGCUUCAGGCACCACAUCAAGCAGCAAUACUGUUGUUGCAGGCCAAGAAAGCUUCACUGAUACAGAUGACACCAAGACUUUAAAGGAGAAUGAGGAGAGGCUUACUCAUAUAAUACGAGCACAUAAUCGUCUGGAAUCACGCUACAGCAACAGCUCGGGAGGAUCUUAUGAUGAAGAUAAGAGUGAACCUUUGCCACCCUAUGCUGACUGGUUUGUGGCUGUUAUUGAGACCAACCAGCCCCACCCUCUGCCCAUGCCUCUGACUGGAGGAUGUUGGGCUCCACUAGUGGACUUUUUACCAGAGACCAUCACUCCCAGGGGACCACUGCACAGGUGUAACAUAGCGGUCAUCUUCAUGACAGAGAUGGUCGUGGACCACAGUGUGACCGAGGAUUGGACCAUGCACCUGCCUUUGCUGCUACAUUCACUGUUUUUGGGCAUGGAUCACUUUCGUCCAGAGGUGUUUGAACACAGUAAACGACUUCUCCUCCACCUGCUCAUCGCAUUGUCAUGCGACAACAACUUCCAGACUAUUGCAGCGGUCUUAUUGCAGACACGUGAGAUCAAUGGUACCAAAACCCUCACCUGCAAACCAAACAUUCAGAUGGAGUACUUGCCUUCAGGAGGUUUUGACUUCCUGCGGGAGUGUCAGGCAUCUCCCGGGCCAGACUCGGGUUUGAGUUCUUCGUCUACGUCAUCCAGUUUAAGUUUGGGGGGCAGCAGCAGCAACCUGCCGGAGAUUUCACAGGAGGUGGAAGAGCUGGUGGCCUCCAAUAAAGUGAAUGACAAAACUAACAAGCUAAUUGAGUUUUUAACCACAAGAGCAUAUGGACCGCUGUGGUGCCAUGAAGACAUUUCACCAAAGAACCAAAUUUCAAAAAGCACUGGGCAGCUGACAAAUUUUCUGCGAUAUGUGGUAUCUGUGUUCAAAGAGUCCAAGUCAGAUUUCCAUCUGGAACAGCAGCUUAGCGACAUAGCGCUGCAGACAGCCUUGUGUAGCUCAUCGCGUCACUACGCUGGCCGCUCCUUUCAGGUGUUUCGAGCCCUUCGCCAGCCAAUAUCUGCCCACGCUGUGUCUGACCUUCUCUCAAGGCUGGUGGAAGUCAUCGGUGAACACGGAGAAGAAGUGCAGGGCUAUGUGAUGGAAAUAUUACUCACGCUGGAGUCAGUGGUGGAUAACUUGGCUGAGUGUCUCAAAAACAGUGAUCUCAUGGCUAUUUUGACAAGAGCCUCGUCCCCAGAAUUCCUCACCAGUUUCAAGCUGCUAUCUAACAGGAAGAGCACAGGGCAGCUCAAUCUUAGGAGAGAAGAAAGGAGCAGACAUCAAAGGAGCUCCUCUGUUCCCAAGAAGUUUGGAGAGGUAGACCGGUGGUCUGAUCCACCACGCAGUGCCACACUGGACCGUAUCCAAGCCUCUGAACAGCAAGCUCUGUUAGCUAAGGUUCGCAGCUCAUCCUCAUCUAGAGACAGUGUGACUGACCCGACAAGCAUCAACCACCCCAGCAACCUGCUAGCCACCAUCUUCUGGGUGGCAGUGUCACUGAUGGAGUCAGACUUUGAGUUUGAGUAUCAGAUGUCUUUAAGACUGUUGAAUAAGCUGCUGGCCAACAUGUCACUGGACAAACAGGAAAACAGAGAGAAGCUGGAGAAACUGCAUAAUCAGCUAAAAUGGAGCACCUUCACUGGGCUGCAGCAGCUCCUUUUAAAGGGUUUCACCUCCAUGUCUACAACCGAUCUCACGCUUCAUCUCUUAUGCCAACUGACUCCUGUGUCGCGAGUGCCUGUUGUGGACACGUCACAAGCCAUAGGUUUUCCUUUGAAUGUUCUCUGCCUGCUCCCUCAUCUGGUGCAGAACUUUGAUGGCCCCACACAGUUCUGUCAGGAGGUUGCUGAGAGGAUAGCACAGGUAUGCCUUGAGGAGAACAAUGCCAAGCUUUCCAACCUUGCUCAUGUCAUGGCUCUGUACAAAACACACUCCUACACACGAGACUGCUUCUCUUGGGUCAAUGUGGUGUGUCGAUAUCUUCACGAAGCUUUCUCGGAUAUCACCCUGAGUCUGGUCACUUAUAUGGCAGAGCUGUUGGAGAAAGGUCUCCCAAGUAUGCAGCAGACCCUUUUGCAAAUUAUCUACAGCCUCCUGAGCCACAUGGACUUGAGUGUAAUUCAAGCCAAACCCUUCAACAUAGAGGUGCUCAAGACAAUAGAGAAAUUUGUCCAGACUGUUCAUUGGAGAGAAGCACAGAAUAUACUCAAGCUGGUGGUUUCUCGAUCGGCCAGUUUGGCACAGCCUUCAUUUCCACAAAGUGACCUCUCCUAUGAGGACAUCAGCCGUGUCUGGGACCGCUCUUCCAAGGCCUUGCCUGGGAAAACGCUGGAUUUCCACUUUGACAUAUCUCAGACGCCAGUGAUUGGUCGUCGUUUUGAUGAUCUCCGACGCACUCCAGGCCAGGAUGUGAAGAGCAUGACGACAGCAGUGACUCACAGCACCUCCUCUACCUCCUCUGGAUCCACUUUAAACAACGUGUUGGUGCCAGUCAGCUGGAAAAGGCCUCAAUCUUCUCAGAAAAGAACACGGGAAAAACUGGUGAAUGUGUUGUCUCUGCUGGGACAAGAAGUGGGGCUCACAAAAAAUCCUUCAGUGAUCUUCUCAAGUUGUGGGGAGCUGGAUCUUAUGGAGCACCAGCCUAGCCAGGUAUCCUCUGAUGACGGGACUCGGGAACCAGAAAACACAGAUGACACCACCUCAGAGCAGCAGUUCAGAGUCUUUAGAGACUUUGACUUCCUGGAUGUUGAGCUUGAGGAUGGAGAGGGAGAGACUAUGGACAACUUCAACUGGGGUGUGCGUAGACGCUCUAUGGACAGUCUGGACCGAAAUGACCUGCAGCCUUUGGAGGAAAGUCAGAUGUCCAGCGGCAUGCCCAGCCUCAGCAAGCUCGCUCAUGAAGAUUCAGACGAGUCAUCUGAGGAGGAUUCCCUCACCACCAGCCGGACACUCUCCCACUCACAGCUUACUGUCAGCCUCUCUCCAACUGCAGAGAUGAGUAGCAUUGACUCUCCCUCUCCCUUCUGCGAUACCACUUCAGCAAAUUCGACUCCUCUGAGCACCAAAAAUCCAAGUUUCGAGGUCCAACAACCAGAGGACUCGAAGCAGCGGCAUGAGAUGUCACAAGAAGAUGAUGACAACAUUGUCCAUGAGAAUGACAUUUCUCUCUCCAUCACUGAGCUGCCCAUUGAGUAUCACUGUGCUGACAGUUUGACAAUAGAUAGAACUAACAAUGAUUACAAAGGAGAACUAGAUCUUGAAGGCUGCUUACCAAGUCUUGCUGAGGAAGAGCGAGAUGACAUGCUGGAGUCGCGUUCUUCACCACCACCGUCACCUUUCUUCUCCGCCAUCCUUGCGGCUUUCCAGCCAACCAUGUGCGAUGAUGCAGAAGAGGCUUGGCGAAGCCACAUCAACCAGCUUGUGUCUGACUCAGAUGGGUCCUGUGCCGUCUACACUUUUCAUGUGUUUUCCUCACUUUUUCAGAAUAUCCAAACCAAAUUUUGUUCUUUGACCUGUGACGCCGUCAGUUACCUUGGUGAUGGCCUGAGAGGACUAGGAUCAAAGUUUUUGAGGUCUUCUCAGAUGCUGACAUCAUGUUCAGAGUGCCCAACACUUUUUAUUGAUGCAGACACAAUCAUGUCUUAUGGACUCCUUGAAAAGAUGAAAUUUAGUGUGUUGGAACUUCAAGAAUAUUUUGAUACUUACAACAACAGAAAGGAGGCAGUUCUCACAUGGUUGAGCAACUGUAAAGCUGCUUUUCCCAAGAGUGCUGGGGGUUCGGUGAUAACAUGUCAACCACUGGAGCAUGAGGAAAAGCAAAUGGAAUUUCUGGCUCAACUGGAGCUCUGUCAAAGACUCUACAAACUCCACUUUCAGUUAUUGCUGCUUUUUCAGUCCUACUGCAAGCUGAUUGAACAGGUCCAUGCAAUAAGCUCUGUUCCAGAGCUGACAAACAUGUCCAAAGAGCUUAAUGAGUUGAAGAGCAACCUGAGGUUAGCAGCUGCUUCAGUGGCAAAUGAUGAGAUUGCUGCCUGUGAGAGUUCCUGCUCUGAGCUGGUUUUUAGCUCCUCCGAGGCUGCAGUGCAGGCCAUCCUAGAAGGUCUGAAGAACAAUGACUUUCCAACCGCUGUUCACUACAUUCGUGUGUGCAGAACAACGUGGCCUAAUGAUAUCUUUGGUAGCCACUCUGAGGGUGAGGUCCAAACAUUGCUGAACAUCUACUUUAGACAUCAAACUCUGGGUCAGACAGGAACUUUUGCUCUGGUGGGCUCAAAGCAAGACUUGACAGAAAUUUCUGUCAAGUUGAUGGAACUUAAUGGAGAAACUCGGGACAUGAUCCGAAGAGCCCAGGGCUACCGCACCAUCACAGCUUUUCUCCCAGACUCCAGGGUUUCAGGCUCAACUCUCUGAUGACUCUGACAGCCAGAACUACAAAACACCCAAUGUCAUGCCUAGUGUCACCUGUUGUCUGUGGUAGCUGCUAUCAUCUCAAGGGUGAACUUUCUCUUGGGAAUAACCAAACCCCUGUUUCCUCUUCUUGCUUAAAAUACAUCAGAAUGUCAUGAAGUCCAAUCUUCAGAUGUGCAGCAGUACUGUUGUUUUUAGACUGAUGAGUGACUUUGCUGUUACAAACACAGUACAGCUUUUAUUGCACUAAUAAUAGAAAUGUCACAAAGCAGCCUGUUUGUACUGAAGUACAUAAUUUUCACAUUUAAAGAAAAAUGAAAUGAAAUGAAAUACCAAAGCUGAGUGAUUCUCUUUCAGUUAUUUUGUUUUAAUUGUCAAGGGAAAAUGUGCAAUCCUUCACUAAAGUGGAAGACCUUUACUGUCUCCUGAAAGAAUGUAUUUGAAUAUCAUAGCAUUGGAAAACAUGAACACUGUUAGCACAGAAAAAGGGAGGCUUCAUUACUUGGUUUGUGCGUUGGUGUAGGUGUGUUAUGAGUGUGCUUGAGUGUGUGAAUUCAAGUCUGACGACCAUCACAGAUGGAAUUAUUAAGACUGAUUUGUAUAUUGAAAGUGGUUCAUGUUAAAAAGAAAUUCUGACAUGCUGCAGAUCUACUGUAAUGUCUCUCAAUCCUACAAGCUCUUGUGUGGGUUAUCUGUUACUCAAAACAUCUUACUGUACCUUUUACCUGUGCAGCUUUUAGCAAAUAGGUAAAUUAUUUAUAUUGUUAACAAAAGCAAACAUGCUUUUAUCAGACUAGAUUUAUAGAAAAAAUAUUUUAUUUUAUCUGUUAAACCUGCCAAGCGUGCAAAUUCUGUGUACAAUAAAAAUGUAAUAGUAAAGUUUAUGAACAAAGAGAGAUACUAUUUUAAAUGAAAGAAAAUGUACAUAGUGAAAAGGGGGGCUUUGCUGAGACUCAUCAGAUUGUAUUUUUAUGAAGUUACAAUUAAGGUGCAUGCAGAGUGAGUAGCUACAUAUACAUAUAUAAAUAAAUCUUCCACAAAAGUGGUGUAGCCUUUGGCCUUGUAAAUGCUGUAAAAACUGCCUUUGCAAUGUACUGUACUUUGGUAUUCUGUACACUAAUACAACAAUAAAAUUAAGCUUAGAUUUCUUA